CGGCCCCUCGCACUCCUUGACUUCAUACCACGACCACCAGCAUCUCCGCGUAUCCACUCGAAACACGGUACACGAUGUCGGUGGCCAGCGAGAAGAGCGAGAAGAUGUCCCGGCCGUAUAGCUCGGAGGGCAAGCCCGAGGAGGUGGUCUCUACGGACAUUGAGGACUCGCGCCCGUAUGGCGAGCCAGCGCCGCUGAAGCGCGCGCUGAAGAACCGGCAUGUGGCGAUGAUCAGUAUUGGCGGUGUCAUCGGGACGGGCCUUUUCCUGGGUACCGCGCAGUCCUUGCACAAUGGUGGACCCAUCGGCCUCGUUCUUGGCUACAUCACGAUGGGCACCAUCUGCUAUAGCGUCAUGGUCUCGUUGGGAGAGAUGAUUGCCUACCUGCCCAUCGCAGGUGGCCACAUCAAGCUCGCGGAACGUUUUGUCGACCCCGCGCUGUCCUUCACCAUGGGAUGGAACUACUGGUACAACUGGACUAUCCUCCUGCCUGCCGAGCUGUCUGCCUCCGCUAUCCUCAUGAACUAUUGGGUCAGCCCAGAGAAUGUCAACAACGCCGUCUGGAUAACAAUGUGUCUCGUUGUCGUUGUCUUCAUCAACUUCCUCGGAGCAGGCGCCUACGGAGAAGCAGAAUUCAUCUUCGCCUCCAUCAAGGUUAUCACUAUCGUCGGCCUGAUCAUCCUCGGCAUUGUGAUCGACCUUGGAGGAGGCCCGAACCACGACCGCCUUGGGUUCAGAUACUGGAAAGACCCCGGUCCGUUCGCGCAGUAUCACGACAUCCAGGGUGCGAAGGGCCAGUUCCUGGGCUGGUGGGCGGUGAUAUCGCAGGCUGCGUUCUCCUUCAUUGGCACUGAGAUUGUUGCUAUCGCUGCUGCCGAAGCCAAGAACCCGAGGAGGAAUCUUCCGCGCGCGAUCAAGCGGGUGUACAUUCGUAUUCUCCUGUUCUAUAUCUGCGGAACGAUUGUGAUCGGUCUCCUUGUUCCUUCCAACAACGAGCGUCUGGUCAGCGGCAGUGGCACUGCGUCCUCAUCUCCCUUCGUCAUCGCCAUCGAGAACGCAGGAAUCAGCGUCCUGCCUCAUAUCGUCAACGCUUGCUUGCUCACCUCUGCGUGGUCUGCUGCGUCUAGUGACUUGUACACUAGCUCUCGCGCACUCUACGGUCUCUCCGUCGCCGGCAAUGCGCCCAAGAUCUUCCAGAGGACGACGCGGUGGGGCCUGCCCUACGUGGCGCUCAUCUUCAGCACUGCCUUCGCGCUUCUGGCGUACAUGUCCGUUGACAAGAACGCCGGAGAGGUCUUCAACUGGUUCCAGAACAUGACUGCGAUUGCUGGCAUGAUGACCUGGUUCGGUAUCUCCAUCACGUAUCUUCGCUUCCAUGCUGGCUGCAAGGCGCAGAACAUUGACCGCAAAAAGCUGCCCUAUUGGAAUAGAAUAAAUCCUUACGCGGCGUGGUAUUCGCUCGUCGCGACGUUCGUUAUCUGCUUCUUCAGCGGAUGGAGCGUGUUCCUUCGGGGUAAUUGGGCGACUGACACGUUUGUCACCAACUACUUCCCUCUAUGGCUGUUCCCGAUAUUGUACAUCGGCUCGAAGCUGUACUACCGCCAGCCGAUAGUGAAGGCUAGCGAGAUGGACUUUGUGUCCAAUAUCGCGGAGAUUGAGGCCGACUGCGCUAACGACCAGGAAGCGCCGCCGAGGAACAAGUUCGAGGCGUUCUGGCGGUGGCUGAUGUGAUGACCGACCUUGUACUUCCUACUAACGUUGUCUGUAAUGUGCUGUAUCCAGCCUACUAGAUGAUCAUGUUGUUUACGGCGUAUGCCUACCAAUCUACUCGAGCGCCUGAUAGAUUCA